AUGGCGGAGCCUGCCGGAGAGAUGGUUCGCAAUAUUGUAACCUUUGAGGAUGUGUGCGUAUACUUCUCCCGAGAGGAGUGGGACCUACUUGAUGAAGGUCAGAAACGCCUAUACUGUCAUGUGAUUCUGGAGAACUUCCUACUGGUAACCUCACUGGGACUUCCAAUUUCCAGAUACCAUUUAUUUCCCCAAUCACAGCCAGUGUGGGAGCCCCCAGUUCCUGAAAAUGUAGCCAUAGCUCCAGCCAGGGCAGGGAUGGUCCAGGGGAGCCCUGGCCCUUUUCACAGAGCAAGAAAUAAAGAUGCAUCUUCUGGGCAGGGUGAUUUUAUAAGACAGUCACAGGUGAGAACUCUCAUGGUGGAUCCUUACUACCAAAAGAGCCACCCAUGUGACAUGUGUGACCCAAUCUUGAAAGACAUCUUGUGCCUGGCUGGCCAGCAGAGAACAUGUUAUGGGCAUCAGGCAUACCCCUGUAAGUCAUGUGGAAGAACCUUCUGGGUAACUGUAAAUAUUGACCAAAUCCCGAGGCCACAGGGUGGAGAGGCAUCCCCUAGAAUGGAAAAAGACCAGGCCUCCUCUGUGAAGAGGUGCAGAAGCUACAUGCCAAAGGCUUCCACUUACAGGGAAGCUAGCUCCUCCUUGGCUAGCUCUGGAUGUGUCCAGCACCAUCUCACUCAAGAUGAGAUGCAACUAUGCGUUAGCACCAAACGUGAGGAAGUCAUUCACACUGGACAAGAUUGUGAGUGCACUGAACGUGGGGAAGCUUUCAACAACAAAGACAAAUGUGGUCAGCACCAGAAUACCCACGGGAGAGGAAAGCUUCAUGAGUGCAAUGAUUGUGAGAAAUGUUUUGUCUACAACUCCAGCCUCCAAGCACACCAGAGUGCUCACAGGGGAUCAAGACAUGUGUGUGCUGAAUGUGGCAAAUGUUUUAUCAGAAAAUCCCAUCUUGUUCAGCAUCAGAGAAUUCAUACUAGAUCAAAACCUUUUGAGUGCAGUGAAUGUGGGAAGGCCUUUGGCCGCAAAGACACUCUUAAUCAGCACCAGAAAAUUCACAGAGGAGAAAAGUCUUUCGUGUGCAGCAGAUGUGGGAAAGCCUUUCUCCGAAAAGAUGCACUUGCUGAGCACCAGAAAAGCCACACUGGGGAAAGAUCUUAUGAGUGUGAUGUAUGUGGGAAAUUCUUUAGCCACAGUUCCUAUGUUAAAGUACAUAAGAGAAUUCACAGUGGACAAAGGCCCUACGUGUGUGGUGAAUGUGGGAAAGCCUACAUCAGUCAUCCCCACCUUAUUCAACACCAGAAAGUUCACACCACAGCAAGGCCUGUGGAUGAAGUGAAUGUGGAAAAUUCUCUGGCAAGAAUUCCAACCUCAUUACACACCGGAGGCUUAACACCAGAGCAAGGGCUUAUGUGUUCAGCCAAUCUAGGGACAUCUACAGAAAACAUUCCCCCCUGGCCUGGCACAUAA